AUGUGCUUAUACAGACGCAAUAUGCAUCAAAUGACUGAUGGCUUAGAAAAACCUGGUGAAAUUCGUGUGCCACUUGCAAUAACACUGGCCAUUGCCUGGGUCCUCGUGUACUUCUGUAUCUGGAAAGGUGUUCGCUGGACUGGAAAGGUUGUUUACUUCUCUGCCACCUACCCAUACUUCAUGCUGUUCAUUUUGUUUAUUCGUGGAGUGACCCUGCCUGGGGCUAAAGAUGGAAUCAUGUUCUAUGUCACUCCUGAUUUUGAGAAGCUGAAGCAGUCUGAGGUUUGGCUGGAUGCUGCAACACAGAUUUUCUUCUCCUAUGGUUUGGGACUAGGCUCUCUUAUUGCUCUGGGCAGCUACAACCCUUUCAAUAACAAUGUGUACAGAUCCCCCCCCCCCCCUGUAGCUGCAUCAGGUCCUGGUUUGGCGUUUUUAGCUUAUCCAGAAGCUGUGACGCAGUUGCCCGUCUCACCACUGUGGGCUAUUCUCUUCUUCUCCAUGCUGCUGAUGCUGGGAAUCGACAGUCAGUUCUGCACAGUGGAGGGCUUCAUCACUGCUCUGGUGGAUGAAUUCCCACGGCUGCUCAGGAAAAGAAGAGAGAUUUUCAUUGCAUGUGUUUGCGUUGUGUCCUACGCCAUUGGGCUGUCCAAUAUCACGCAGGGUGGCCUCUAUGUGUUUAAACUCUUUGACUAUUACUCAGCCAGUGGAAUGUGUCUGCUCUUCCUGGUGUUCUUUGAGUGUAUCUCAAUCUCCUGGUGCUAUGGUGUGAACAAAUUUUAUGAUAACAUCCAGGAAAUGAUUGGAUACAAGCCUUGUCUGUGGUGGAAACUCUGCUGGGUUUUCUUCACCCCUCUAGUUGUUGGUGGCGUGUUCCUCUUCAGCGCGGUGCAAAUGGUUCCUCUUACAAUGAACAACUAUGUAUUCCCUAAAUGGGGUCAAGGAGUGGGCUGGCUCAUGGCUCUGUCCUCUAUGGUUCUCAUACCUGGCUAUAUGGGCUACAUGUUCCUCACCCUGAAGGGCACAUAUAAGGAGCGGAUCAGGAUAAUGCUGCAGCCUCCAGCAGUCAAGCGUACUCAGGAGAAUGGGCCAGACCAACAGCAGCUGCAGCCGGAGCAAUCACCACAGCAACCACAAUCACCGCAGCAACCAGACCAAGCACCACAGCAACCACAAUUACCACAGCAACCACAAUCACCACAGCAACCAGACCAAGCACCACAGCAACCACAAUCACCACAGCAGCCACAAUCACCGCAGCAACCACAAUCAUCGCAGCAACCACAAUCACCACAGCAACUACAAUCACCACAGCAACCAGACCAAGCACCACAGCAACCAAAACAACCACCGCAGCCGCAGGCAGAUAGUUCUUCUUCAACUAACCCUGGCAAUGAUGCCAAUGUCUAAAACCAGUAUAAUUGAACCCCAGCAGAGAGCAAUCAAAGAUUAACAACACAGAAGACUUCCAUGUUUAUACAGUAAUAGAAUCAUCUACCUCCAGGGGUCAUACAUAAUCAAGCUAAAAGUAAGCAAAAGUAAAAAAUAAAUAUAUAUAUAUA